GAAUUAAGUAGUUGUGGUUCACGAUCUGAAGGCAACAAGGGUAAUAGGCAGUCCCAAAGCGAGUUCUGACGCUGUUCAUCGUUCGGUUUACGGAUUCAUCGAGAAGAGAGGAAUGUUUUGAGUUUUUCACUCAUCAUCGCUACAUAAUCAUAUUGUGAUGCCAGAACCAACCUGCAAGAUCUGCAAUGAGCCCCUCCUCGUACCCGUCGAGACGGACUCCGAUGACGAUGACGGGUGUGGUCAGCCUGGCCCCUCCACCUCCUCCUUGACCGCCGAGACCGUGCCGGACGACCUCGAGUUCCCAUGUGGCUGUCACUUCCACUGGCAGUGCGCCCUGGAUGAGUCUCGCCACAUAGCCUUCCACCUCACCUGCCCAUCCUGCGGCGCCCACCUGGUGUCCAACGCCCCGGGCCCCUCCGUCACCAACCCCGUCUUCCACAUAUCCCAGGCCCCCGUCGCCAUUCUCUGCCAGUACACCUCCGACGGUGGCGUCGAGGAGAACCACGACAUCCUCCCUGUGCUCACCGAGGAGGCUUACCUAGCAAGCCACCCAGGCGAGCGCCGCCCUCGUGCCUUUCUCACCAUGUGCGGCGAGGGCGACGUCCUCGGCGCCGUCGACCUCCUCAAGGACGCUGCCUCCGAGGGUGACGACGUCAAAGCCAUCGUGCUGUACCGCGACGCCCUGCAGCGGAAUCGAAGCGCACUGCAGAUCGCCCUGGAGAAGUCCCAGGAGGAGGCCGUCUGGCUGCUGCUGUACCUCGGGUCGCCGAGGCUGCCGGACGAGGCGUUCCCCGAGGAGGCACUGGUCGCGGCCCGCAGUAUGGGUGUGGACAGAAUGCCGGCCGGACACGGCGGCGAGGAUAUCACGGCGGUGAAGGAUGAGGAGGGGCGCAGUGCAGAGGACUAUGCGAGGGCGAUGGCGCCAUUAUGGGACCGCCUGGUCAACGCGGGUGUGUUGAGGCCUUGAGUGAAAGGGAGAGAGGGAGAGAAGAACGGCCAGAGCAUUUUAGUUGAUGUAAUUGAAGGCGGUCAUGGUCUACUCAAGAUGGUAGAGACAUGGCUUGUCCCUACCGCUACCAACUAGAAAGCACUUAUGCCACACUAUUUUUAAUU